GGUUAUGGAAUCGGAGGUGGAUACGGAGGAUACGGUGGAAUCGGUGGUGGAUACGGUGGAGGAUACGGAGGCGGAUAUGGAAAAGGAAAAGUUGUUAUUGUAAAAGGUGGUUAUGGUGGCGGUUAUGGUGGUUAUGGAGGUGGAUUAGGAGGUUAUGGUGGUGGUUAUGGUGGUAUUGGAGGAGGAUAUGGUGGUUAUGGUGGUUAUGGAGGUGGAUUAGGAGGUGGAUAUGGUGGUUAUGGUGGUAUUGGAGGAGGAUAUGGUGGUUAUGGUGGUUAUGGAGGUGGAUUCGGUGGAUUAGGAGGUUAUGGUGGUGGAUAUGGUGGUAUUGGAGGAGGAUAUGGUGGAUACGGAUACGGAAAGGGAAAAGGAUAUUAAACACAGAACUUUAACAGAACGGACGCAUAAUCCUUUUUUUUUUUUACAUUUAUGAUAUAAAAUAUAAUCGUUGCAUUUAA